AUGCUUCUCUGGUCUCUUCUCGCCGCGACCACCGCCUCUGCGGCUCCCGCUGCCGAUGACUCUUAUGGUGUCAGCUUCGCUGGUGCCCCCAUCAAUGACAUCAACAUCAGUGUCAGCAACGUCAAGCAGUGCGGCGACGCUGUCAUUUCGUGGACUGGAACCAAGGGCCCUGUUGAGGUAACGAUUGGUACUGGCGGCUACUAUGUCGGCUCUACCACCCUCGACACCCUCAGCGGUCUCGAGGGCGACUCGACUACCUGGAAGGUCAACGUUCCCGCGGGCUCGGACACUCUGAUCUUCCAGGUUAAGGACUCGACCGGCGGCUUCAAGUACCAGCAGGGCAUCGCUGUAGAGAAGUCUAGCGACUCGAGCUGCCUCGACGGCGGAUCGUCAUCGGCCUCGUCGGCUUCGCCGGCCCCGUCCUCCUCGGAGUCGGAGCAGAUCCCCGAGCCUUCGACCUCAUCGGCGACCUCGACUUCCGACUCGGAUUCGGCCUCGUCGUCGACCUCCGACUCUGAGACAUCGCCGUCCGCCGCUCCUUCCUCGGCCUCCCCGACCCCUUCGACUUCCGAUGAGGCGACUCCUUCGUCCGAGUCUUCGAACCCCGAGCCGGUCUCGUCGUCGGGCGCCGGUGCGUCUCCUACUUCGUCGGAUGAGGUUUCUAGCAGCACCGCUAGCCCUGGUGGCAGCGAUGGCAGUAGCCCCAGCCCUGGCGGCAUCAGCAGCAACGGCCCCAGUGGUACUAGCAGCGUCAGCCCUAGCGACGGUGGCAACGUCGGCAGUGCUACUGAGACCUCAUCCAGCCAACCUUCGAGCGAUGUCAGCACCAACGGUGCUGGCUCCGCUUCGAGCGCGGCUGCCGUCAGUGUGUCAUCUAAGUCUAACCACGCAGCCCACACCUCGCAGCCCAUCAUCGAGAACACGUCCGCCCCUCCGGCGGCUGGUCAGGGUCCCAAGACCCAGACGACUGUCGUUCCGGCUCCCGCUCCCGUCGUCCCCGGUAGUGGUUCGAAGGACUCUGCGGACGCCGCUAAGCCAAGCACUGCCCCCGCUCCCGUCGUCACUGAGACGGUCAGCAGCGCUGUCCAGAACGCGGCCCAGCCCGCACAGUCUUCGGCUCCCUCUUCCUCUUCGACGACGUCUCGCUCGGUCGUCCUCGUCACGUCGUACCGUACCAACUCGUCCCAGAGCCCUGCUAUCGAGACCGCGACGGUCGUUGGCGACUCGAAGGGAGCCAGCCUUUCGCUCCAGGACAGCGGAGCUUCGCGCGCUACAGUCGGCGUCUUCGCUACCGUGCUCGCUGUGCUGGCCGCCGCGAUCUUCUAA